UGACUGCAGUCAAGUCAAAACAGUUUUGACGAGCCUUCCAAGCGCAGUAGAUCGCUCUACCAAAAAACAUUCUUCCCAACACGAAACAAGUCGCGAAGUUCGAAGUCAUGCAGAUGCUCACCUACUCCUACGCUGUCGCUGCCCUUGCGAUCUGCUGCCUCAGCUCCGUUGCCGCACAGCCUCAGCGUGGUCUGCCUCAGCCACGGGGCAACUCGUUCGAUGCCAACGCAGCGAUAUUGAAGCAAAACUUCGACCUGAACCCCGAUGGCUCCUAUCAGUACAAUUACGAAACGAGCAACGGCAUUCGCGCCGAUGAGGCGGGUUACCUGAAGAAUCCCGGUUCCCAGAUCGAAGCUCAGGUAAUGCAAGGCUCGUACUCGUACACUGGACCCGAUGGCAUCGUUUACACCAUUACCUAUAUCGCCGAUGAGAACGGAUUCCGUGCCGAAGGUGCUCAUAUUCCAACACCGCCUCCAGUUCGUCCAGCUGGCGGCCCGGGCAGAUUCUUCAAGUAAUUGAUGUGACCGUGGAAUGAUUAUGUUUAAUUGGAUUAACUUGUAUGAUAGCGCAUCCCGAUGGAGCUUCAGGGCAACAAGUGGUGAUCAGCCACAAAUUAUUCACAGACCACUUCUAGCUUCUUCAUUCUCCACUCAAAAAAAUACAUACACGCAGAGACACGCAUCUUUAUUCUUCAUGUUUCGACUCUCACAGCAUUUAAUGUGCAUAUUUAUGCAUUCUCAAAGUUCUCCCAAUUUCCAAUUCCCAAUCCUGCUCACAUCCCACCUAGACUUUAACGAAUUGUGUAAAAUAUGUUUUGUACAUAAUGUAAGUUUGAUUGUUAAAUGUCGUACGAUAAAACGCAAGCUAUGCAAUAAAACAAAUAUUGCUCGAAAGUAAA